AUGGGAUCCAAGAGUAUUCCUCAAGAGAUGCAGGCUAUCCAGGUCGUCGGGUUUGACAAACCAUAUGUAAUCAACACUAUCCCUGUCCCCAAAGACCUUGCUCCAGAGGAUAUUCUAGUCAAGAUCGGUGUCGCCUCAAACUGCCAUACGGAUUCCAUGGUACAGCAUGGCACAUUCGGAACCAAACUUCCCGUAACAGCUUCUCACGAAGGUGCUGGCACCGUGGUCGCAGUCGGGGAUGCUGUAAAGAACUUCAAGGUCGGAGAUCGCGUCAUGUGUGGACUGCCCUACCACCCCUGUGGCCGGUGUCAAGACUGCUCUGGCCCAGAAACGUGGCGACAAUACUGCACGAACAUCGAAGGCCACUCAGGUGUACACAGGAAUGGCUUCUUCGCAGAGUAUGCACUUGUGGAUUCCAGAACCUCAACUCCCAUCCCAGACGAGGUGACGCUCGAAAGUGCAGCGCCACUUGCAUGUGCUGGAAGAACAAUCUGGAAUGGUGUAUUGGAGGCCAACCUCAAGAGUGGCGAGUGGAUUGCCUUGGUCGGGUCGGGGGGUGGUCUCGGACAUCUCGGUAUCCAGUUUGCAAAAGCACUUGGUCUCAAUGUUAUUGGUGUCGACGCCAGAGAUGAAGGACUUGCCGUGUCCAAGGAGAAUGGUGCACAUGUAGUUGUUGAUGCACGUAAAGGUAAAGAGAGCGUGGUUGCAGAAGUACAAAAGGUCACCGGAGGUGCUGGCGUUGAUGCGUCAAUCACGCUGAGCGAUGCCGAUGAUGCUGCUGGACUGGCUUGUGCAUUGACCAAGAUGCACGGUACUAUGGUACAGAUUGCUCAGCCAGACAAUGUCACCAUCCCAUUCGCAGAGUUUGUUUUCCGUGAUAUCAGAGUCAAGGGAUCUCUGCUCUGUUCACCUGAGCAGAGUGUAAGCAUGCUCAAAUUUGUCGCAGAGCAUGGUAUCAAGGUGAAGACCAACCCAUUCUACGGUCUUGACAAGAUCGGAGAUUUGGUGGAUUUGGUCCAUGGAGGAAAGAUCCAAGGCAAAGCAAUCAUUGUGGUUGAUGAAGAACAAAUCAAGAAGGAAAAGGAGCUGGGAGCCAAGUUUUGA